AUGUUGCAAGACCUAAACAUAUUUGGAACCUUGAAUGCUUUCAAACUGCUGUACAAUCCCAAACUAUGCAAACAUUAUGGUGUGUUUCCCACCUUCGACCAGGUUCCUAUCCCUGUAAACAAUUCCAUAAAAGCUAUAGUAUUGGACAAGGACAAUUGCUUUGCAUAUCCGAAACAAUCCACUGUAUGGCCCGAGUACAAGGCCCAGUGGGAAAAGCUAAAACAAACUUAUCCGGGGAAGGCUUUGCUCGUGGUGAGCAACACUGCAGGAUCAGGUGACGACACAGAUUUCAAAGAAGCCAAGCUGAUUGAACAACAAACGGGUGUCAAUGUGCUACGACACUCGAAGAAAAAACCUGGCUGCAAAGAGGAGAUACUACGGUACUUUCGAGAGAACAAUGUAACAACCAACCCACAAGAAAUCGCCGUGAUUGGCGACAGAUUACUGACAGAUGUCAUGCUGGCCAAUAUGAUGAACGCUUACGCUGUAUGGAUCAAAGACGGUGUCAAGAUCUCAAACAACCCCAUUGUCCGGUUUGAAAAAAGACUCGCCAGCUAUAUGGGGUUGGGCACUCAAAGUAGCAAGCGGGACCAUUCAAUAAUAACAAACGAUGACAUACUCCCCCUGGGGACGUCUAAGAUCGGCAAUCCCAAACCUUCAAUUACAUAA